AUGAAGUUUUUCCAACGCACCAAGUUCAGACCGGAGCCAAUGGGCAGCAGUGUUCUGAUGACUUUCUUUGCCCAGCAUUUCACUCACAUGUUCUUCAAGACCGACUACAAGAAAGGUCAUGGGGUUACGUGGAGUGGUCACGGGGUCCCCAAUGGGCAUGAUGCUGCUACAAACGAUAUGGAAAAUGGUGACGUCAGCAAAGGGAAACUUGAAGAACAAGAUGGAGACACUGACAGCGUAGCCUUUGGAGACAUGACACCGUCACAGAAAUGUCACAGCGUUACCAAAGUUCUCGUCAAGGUCGCCCUGUUCCUGUGUUGCCUUUACAUCUUUAUCUGUUCCCUGGGUCUACUGGAGUCGUCGUUCCAACUUCUUUAUCCCAAUCAAGAAAGCGGUGCCUAUAAUCAUGGGCGUGAACAUCGGUACUUCUGUGACAAACACUCUGGUCUCCUUGGUACAAGCCAGCAACAGAGAACAUUUUCGUCGGGCAUUUGCUGGGGCCACGGUCCACGACAUGUUCAACUGGCUGUGCGUGAUCGUCCUCCUCCCCCUGGAGAUCGCUGUGGGCUACCUGUACUGGCUAUCGGGCCUCAUCGUGGACUCCAUGGUCCUGGAGGGAAACAACGAGAAACCUCCAGACAUGCUCAAAGCUAUCACGAACGGCUUUAUCGACGCCAUUGUGCAGAUCCACAAAGACAGAAUCAACGAAGCGGCUGCAAGCUCCAACGGCACAGAGGUGGGACAUGUGCUGAAGCGAUGGUGCGUCAAGAAAACGAUCAGCAUCAACCAGACAUCUCUACACCCAGACGACGUGUUCGUAGACUGUUACUCACUGCCACCCGAUUCACCCCUCAACCAGACGUGUGAGCUGGCCCUGGCCGACCCUCUAACUGACGGGAGGAACGUGUCCUUGACAGUCCAGUGGACAUCGGUCAAGGAGAUCAAUUUUACCCAGGAAGUGGAGAGAUGUGACAGUCUUUUCUCGCAGACUGACUUGAGCGACGCAGCCGCUGGUGGUAUCCUACUCGUUAUCUCCCUUGGCCUCCUUCUCGGCGCACUGUUACUCAUUGUGAAGCUGCUCAACUCCAUGCUCUCCGGGUCGGUCUGCAAAGUGAUUCAGAAAACGAUCAACUCCGAUUUCCCCGGUCCUUUUGCUUACUUCACGGGCUACGUCGCUCUGCUUGUCGGCUGCGGGAUGACCAUAAUUGUACAGAGCAGCUCGGUCUUCACCUCGACUUUGACCCCCAUGGUUGGACUCGGCAUUGUCAGCGUAGAGAGAAUGUACCCGAUGACCCUUGGAUCUAAUAUAGGAACUACUGUCACUGCUAUUUUGGCAGCAGUCUCCCAAAGUGGAGAAAAACUCAGAUUAGCCCUUCAGAUUUCCUUGUGCCAUUUGUUUUUUAAUAUAUCGGGCUUGAUUUUGUUUUAUCCAAUUCCAUUCAUGAGGCUACCUAUAGGCAUGGCGAAGGUUCUUGGGAAAGUAACAUCUAAACAUAGGUGGUUUGCCAUAGUUUAUCUAGUCUUCAUGUUCAUCAUUUUCCCUGGUUCUGUGUUUGCGUUGUCAUACGCAGGCUGGAUAUAUCUUGGGGCUGUAGGGGGGCCGAUUCUUCUCAUUUUCCUCUUCAUUGUACUUGUCAAUGCUCUGCAAAAGAAAAAGCCUCGGUUGCUUCCAACAAAACUUCAGAACUGGAACUUCCUUCCCGUUUGGUGCCACUCUUUAAAGCCCAUAGAGAGACUCAUUGAGCGCGUCUUUAGGUGUAAAUACUGCCAGACUCUGCAACAAGCGUCAAAAGAAGACAAUGACGACGAAAGUGGAACUGAUGAAAUCGAUAGCAUAGAGGACAAAACCCAUGUUCCCGACUUCAGUCAAUCACAAGAUGAUCAGCAGACAGAAAAUUCUUUCAAGGAUAAUCAGUACAGAAAUGGUGUAAUCACGUCUGAUAAAGAAAAUCUGGGCGUGGUCAACAAUGGUUUCAAAAGCGACACCCCGUUAUGAUUUAAAUACCCCCCCCCCCUCCUUUCAAUAAACUGUACAGAUGCUGCCAGGAAAAAAUGAAUGUGCUCCACGGCAUUGCUUAUUCUGAUUGUUACAAAGGGUAAUAAUAAUUUCCUAGCUGCAAUAAUGUAUAUAUAAUGGCUUUUGCGAUUUAGCAAAGGAUCUAAAAGCAGUGCAUGCAUGAUAGAGCUUUAUCUGGGCGUUGGACAUUGAGGGGAUAGACAGAGAGGAAAAAGAAGGUAAAUAGCUGCGAUGUAUGGCUGUGAUAAUUGAGAUGAGGGUGGUGGAGAGGGGAAGGAAGCCGACAAACCUUUGUGAAAGGCUUACCUUCACAUGUAGCCUACAUCCCCCCAGUGAAAGGGCCUUGGUUAAAAAUGAAUAUUGAUAUCGUAGUGGAGAGAAAGAAGGUGAGGUGGCGGAGCGGUCAGUGCGCUCUUCUCCGAAGUGGAAAGUCCGGAUUGGAG